GUACACGCGUUCUGGCUCCGACAGCUAGGACCAACCGCAGGCCGUCGCGGGGUUUCGCUGGCACCCGCGGGGCCACUGCUCUGGGCGGCCGGGGUUGGCACAGAGAUGGUACAGUGUGCACGGGUACUGUUCGGACAGACUGGGGUUUUCUGUACUAA